CGGAGAGGGAGAGAGAGAGGUGGGGAGUCAGGCGCCAUUUUAUUGGAGCAGAAUUGUGGAGGUGAAGGGUUUAUUGGAAGAAGGCCGAGAAAGCGUUGCUCUUUGACAGACUAGAGGAGACAAAAGUCUGUUCACAAGUUCACACAAGGAACGGGUUACGGGAGGAGAUGGCGGUGGAUAGGAGAGACGAUAAAGAUGGUGAACUUAAUGUCCUUGAUGAUAUCUUGACUGAAGCACCUGACCAAGAUGAUGAAUUAUACAAUCCAGAAAGUGAGCAUGACAUGAACGAGAAAAAAGGACCAAAGAGAAAAAAUGACCGAAGUGAAAAUAACGAGAGCAAAAGGCCAAGAUCUUCAAGUCAUUCCACCAGAAUGGCUGUUCGUCGAUCUUCAGCGGGCAGUAGCAAAAAGCCUGUGAAUUCAAAAAGUAGGCAUACUUCAGAUUACAAGAAUGAGGAUUACCACUAUGAGAGAAACAAAGACAGCAUUGAAAGGAAAAACCGUUCUGGAAGAGGAAGCAGCUCUAGGGAUGUUCAUAAGACUCAUCAUGAGAAGACUAAGCAGCGACGCACCAGUGAUGGAAGCGGAAAAGCAAGCCAUUCUUCUAAAGAAGAAGGAAACUCUGAGUAUGGCUCUGAUCAAGAGACAAGGAGCUCUGCGUCUUCUGAACAUAACUCUGAUGAAGAAAUGGAAGAAGAGGAGGAAGAGGAGGAGGAGGAGGAAGGGGCUGAAGAUGAAAAAUUGGAAGAGGAGGAGGAAGAGGAGGUGGAGGAGGAGGAAGGAGAGGAGGAGGAUGAGGAAGAAGAGGAGGAGGAGGAAGAGGAGGAGGAAUAUGAACAAGAAGAUGCAGAUCAACGGGAAGGCAAUGAACAGAAUGAUUAUGACACUCGAAGUGAGGCCAGUGACUCUGAAUCUGAGUCUGUGUCUUUUUCAGAAGGUGAAUCAGUUCAGUCUGGAUCAGGAUCUGAGGUUUCAGAUAAGGAGAAAAAAGAGAAGAAGCGGGCUAGAGGGAUUUCUCCAAUCGUUUUUGAUAGAAGUGGAAGCUCAGCUUCAGAAUCAUAUGCAGGUUCUGAAAAGAAGCAUGAAAAACUUUCAUCUUCUGUUAGAGCUGUUCGUAAAGAUCAAACUAGUAAGCUAAAGUAUAUUCUUCGUGAUGCAAGGUUUUUCCUCAUUAAGAGCAACAACCAUGAAAAUGUGUCCUUGGCAAAAGCAAAGGGAGUGUGGUCUACAUUGCCAGUAAAUGAGAAAAAACUAAAUGCAGCAUUUAGAUCAGCCAGAAGUGUCAUUUUGAUAUUUUCAGUGAGAGAAAGUGGAAUGUUUCAAGGUUUUGCUAGGCUUUCGUCAGAAUCUCAUCAUGGGGGAUCACCGAUACACUGGGUUUUGCCACAAGGAAUGAAUGCAAAAAUGCUUGGUGGGGUAUUCAGGAUUGAUUGGAUUUGCAGAAGAGAGUUACCUUUUACAAAAUCUGCACACCUCUCAAAUCCAUGGAAUGAACAUAAACCUGUGAAGAUUGGACGAGAUGGCCAGGAGAUAGAACCAGAAUGUGGAACACAACUUUGCCUUUUGUUUCCUCCUGAUGAAAAUAUUGACUUGUAUCAGGUGAUUCACAAAAUGCGUCACAAGAGGAGGAUGCAUUCUCAGCCACGAUCAAGGGGACGUCCAACUCGCAGAGAACCUGGUCGGGAUGUGGGAAGGCGUCGGCCAGAGGAAUAUGACAUGCACAGCAGAAAAAGACCAAGGAUUGACUAUCAACCAGAAUUUCCUCAGAGACCAGAUACACUUUUAACAAGUAACUUCAUUCCCAACAGACGAUUUUCUGGAGUUAGACGUGAUGUGUUUCUUAAUGGGAGUCUUCCCUGCUGGCCACCCCUAACUGGAGCAGCAGCAGUUGAUAAACCGGGCUCACUGUCUUACAAUGAUUAUAUGCGUGAAUUCCAUCAUAACAUUGGACCACCACCACCUUGGCAAGGAAUGCCACCAUAUCCAGGAAUGGAACAACCACCACAUCAUCCUUACUACCAGCAUCACCAGCCGCCUCCUCAAACGCAUCCUCCUUAUUCUGGACACCAUCCAGUGCCACAUGAUGCAAGAUACAGAGAUAAGCGAGUGCAUGACUAUGACAUGAGAGUGGACGAUUUUCUAAGGCGUACUCAGGCUGUGGUGAGCGGACGCAGGAGUCGUCCCAGAGAAAGGGAACGAGAUCGAGACCGUGACCGGCCACGUGACACACGUAGAGACAGAGAGCGUGACAGAGGCCGAGAAAGGGACCGGGACAGAGAACGAGAACGAGUACGGGACAGAGAGCGUGAAAAGGAGCGGGGUCGGUAUCGAAGAUAAUCACCUGCAAAAUUUGGAAACAUUUGUUUACACUAGUGAGACCUUACUCUGAAGUUACCCUUUUAAAAAUAAAAGUGAAGUAAUGUUUUUGUUCUCAUGUUACAAUGUGUAUGAUACUUUUGCCCACGUAUGUCUAAUGCAUGCAGUAUAACAAAAACUGGAGGAGGUAACCAAAAAGAGAAAUCUGGAUCUUUUGUUUUAAAUGUGGUAAAGAACGGUUGAGGUGAAUAAAAUGUAUGUAAAUAUUUUUUAUAUUCUGUUAAUUUUAAUCAUUUUUCUAGUUAAGUGUUUUUCUCUUUAAUUUAGUUUUGUCCAUACUGAAAACAGCAGAAUGCUCCCAUUUAUUCAAACACAUCUUUGAUGAUAGUAAUUGCACACCUUUAAGUUUAAAUUUUGCUGCUAGUCAAAGAUGUACCUGUACAGUAUGACAAAGGCAGUGUUGUAGAAAGCUUUUUUUAAGUUGUAGUUAUCUAUGAUUUUGCCAGUGUUAAAUUAAAAUAUUAACACUCUAUUGCCAUAUUGCCCAGUUAAUAGCAUCCUCAAUUUUGUCAGAUCAUUGGUACAUAACUUUAGCCCCAAACACGUAUACGUCUUGCAGAGUUGUGCUUUAGCAAGAAAAAAAAUUGAAGUAUCUUUUUAGUGAUACGUUUUGUACCUAAAUAAAAAGCAAAAGAGUCA